UUGAUGGAUGAUGUAGACGACUGCAUCUCUUACACAAAACCUCAAAGACCGUACAUAUUGGCUAUCACUACGCGUCUGUUUGGCUUUUACAUACAGUUUACUUGCAUUUAGCAUAUUACUCAAUCAGCAUGCUUAAAUCCAAAUGGGCCACACAGGAGGAUGAGGCGCCCGCGGCUACACCCACACAGCAAGAAACAGCAGCAACAGAGGCCCCUGCCGUCAACGUAACCUAUGACGCAGCCUACCCCGACCCCGUCGUCGACCCCUUCGCCCAAACCGCCGGCACAGACGACCUCUUCUUCGACGACGACAUAACGCCCAUCUCGCAGCCCGUCGUCGAGCAAAGCACCCUCGGCGCCACAGCCCCCGCCUUUGUCCCCGCCCCACAGUCCGCCCCAACACCGCAGACCCAGCCGCCCAAAGCCCCGCGCGAGCCCCGCGCCGAACGAGGCAGAGGACGAGGUCGCGGCCGCGGCGAGCCACGCGCACGCGGCGAACAACGAGGCCGCGGGAGAGGCGGCCGCGCGCGCGGCGGGCCCGUGGGCGACAUCCGGCUCGAAGAGGCCGCCGCGCCCGACGCACCCAGCGCCGCCGCACCCACACCCCCCGCCGCCCCCGCGGCCACCGCCUCGCCGCCCGCCGACGCGCCCACGGGCCCCGCGACGCCCUCCACAGCCUCGGUGCGCGGCGACCGCACCCUCACCGGCGGCUCGAAGCGCACACGCCUCACCGAAGCCGAACUCAGCCUCAAGCUGGCCAACAUGCGGCGCAAAAACGACGCCCUGGCCUCCGCACACGCGCGCGCCGAAGCCGACGCCGCGGCCGCCGCGGCCCGCGAAGCCGUGCUCAAGACGCAGGAAGCCGCGCGCAAGAAAGCCGCGGCCGAGAAAGUCAAGGUCGAGCGGCGCGAGCGGCAGGUCCUGAUGGGCGAGCGCGAGCGCAAUCGCCUGCGCAAGCUGAAUGCGCAGGGGGGCCGGGAGUGGGAUCUCGAGAAGGAAGAGGGGUUUGACGGGACGGGCGAGGUGCGGCGGGGUGCGGGGCGGGGCGCGCACGGGGGCGUGGCGCGCGAGGGGCGUGGAGACGGCGCGAGGGAGCUGUUUGAGGGCGAGACGGGCGCGCGGGGCGGCAGGGGGAGGGGCAGAGGCGGACGCGGCGGGCGCGGUGGUCGCGGCGAGCACCACGACGGGCGCCACGAAGGAAGGUCCCACGAGGGCAGGUCGCAUGAGCCGAAGUCCAACGCACCCCCGGCACAACCAAAAGCAGCAGACUUCCCUACACUCCCCUCGUCGACCCCCGCGGCGCCCUCGCCCAACGCCCCGCGCAUCCAGGAAUUCAAAAUCAAAGGCAAAGGCGAGGCCAAGAACGAGGAUAUCCGCAAAUCCGAGCCAGCGCUGCAGGCCGAGCUCGGUGCGCCGGCGGCCACGAGCAACGAGACUGGGGAUACAGCGAAGGUGAAGGUGUCCGACAAGAAGACAGACACUGCCGCGAAAAACAACGACGCCGCCGAGAAGACCUCAAACCCCGCAGACAAGCAGGACCCCCCCGCGCGCCCCGCGAUAGCAAAAGUCGAGUCUUUCGGCCUGGAGCCGAUGCGGAAGGGGCAGAGUUGGGCGGACGACGAGUAGGGUGGUCUGUCGGGAAUACGGGAUUCUGUGGGGACUACUGGGAUCUGUCGGGACUGCGGGGGAUGUGGACUCAUGAGGAAG